UGGUGCAUACCGCUGGCAGCUGUCACCUACGUCAACAGGCGUAAAUUAAACGUUAUCGGUUCCUCCUAUUUCUACUUCUUGUUAGGUCUAAUUCGAAAAUGGAGGCUUUAUUUGCAUUACCGUUCUCAGUCUUAGAAAUCCCUAAUAUCAAAAUAAAGAAACCGACAUGGCUGCAAGCGCCGUCAGCUAUGACUACAUUCUCUCUAGUGUUGCUUUCAUACUUUUUGGUGACCGGAGGGAUCAUAUACGACGUGAUUGUGGAACCGCCGAGCGUGGGAUCGACGACCGAUGAGCACGGUCACAGUAGGCCGGUAGCGUUUAUGCCCAAUCGUGUAAAUGGGCAAUAUAUUAUGGAAGGGUUGGCGUCGAGCUUCCUGUUCUCUCUGGGCGGUCUUGGUUUUAUCAUACUUGACCGCACACACAACCCUUCCACACCGAAGUUAAACAGGAUUUUACUUAUCUCAGUUGCUUUCUUGUGUAUUCUCGUAUCUUUCUUCACAACUUGGAUAUUCAUGAGGAUGAAGCUGCCAGGCUAUUUACAGAACUGAUUGUUUACUAAUGUAGAGUAAGCAAAGUCUCAAUAUUGUUUUAAUAAGUUUAAUAAAUAUUUUUUAUAUCCAUUUAAAA